CGUGGUUGUUGUGCACCGUGCGAAAAGUCUGCAGUUUUCAACGCAAUCCGGUUUACAACAUAGGCGCUAGACUAGCCCAGUCACGACGGCGCUAUUGCUGUGCGAAAGAUUCUUCGUUCCUGUGCCAGUGCCGGAUUGGAGUGGAAAACGAAGAUGCAACGCGCACUACCUCAUCGUGCAGCAUGCAUCUUAUUCCGCAUCAAGAGAUGCGCAUCGUGCGCAUAGCCUAGCGCUUAGCACAUAGUGGUCCUACUCGACUGUGAAAAGCAUAGCAGAGAAAGAGGAAGCACUCGUGCAGACAACGCGCGGACUCCAAGUUUCGUUGAGGGAGCAACGCACACAACAGUGCGAUUUGCGCGCAUCGUUUGAACGAUAGACGAUCGGUCGGCGCGGUACGCCACAAGAGAUGCUGGAAACGGUUUUCUGGUUGUUCGGUUCAUUUGGGUUUUCCUUUUCCUAAAGGGGUGAGAAAAAACACGAGCGAUUCGCUUCGACUCAAACCAAUUCCCUCUCUUUCGAUCAUCGUUGUCGUGCUUUUGUUGUCGCGUACUCCGCGCGAGCGCGAUCCCAGUGAAAAAUAAAACAAUAGACCCGCCAUGAUGUCGGCAGCGAAUGCAAUGGGUGCUAACCACAGACACACAGAAAGCUGCGGCUACGAUUGUGGUCAUGGAUGGUGAGUUGCAGGAGAAAGAGUCAGAAAGCUGAAGCGAAACAGAGCCGAAAGAUACACUAGAGCGAAAAAGGCACAACGGAUGCAGCGAGAUUCACCUCCGCAACUCGGCACGGUAACUUUUAGAAAUAGCAGACAACAGCAACAACUCGACUGGACUGGACACCACGCGGCAGUAUCCCACAGUGCUUUAACAAUUGUUCUACUAAGCAACGCGAUGUCCGAGCUGUGCACCCACUAGUUCAGCAAACAUUUUGCUUACAAGCACAUUAGCCCACAGAAUUUAUUGGUGAAAAUCAGUUGACUGUUGACUCUACGUACGUGUUCCCCUGGAGUGCAAUAAAAUAGUUCAAAACGUCCUCUUAGCUCAUCGUUGGUGCAGUGUAUCAAGCUUAGGUGGACGUUUGAAUUUGAGGCGAUUUUCAAUCGUGUAUUUUUGAAAAGCGUUAAGCGCGAUCAUCACUUUGGCGCCAUCACAGCACGUGCGACGACUUGGAUCGUAGUAGGCGAAUUGUUUGAAGCGAAACCAGCAAGAUAACACUAGAAUCUCGCUCCUAUGCGAUAGUUGCAAAGAUGGACUGUACAACAGAUAUUUCGAUUCCGAAAUAACGUGCUACAAGACAAACGAAGUUGGUUGAGUCACGUCGUCGAAUGCCUAUCCUGUGUGCGAAUCGAUGUAAUCGAUUUAUCCGACACCAGUAGCAGCAGAAUAGUCGUAGCAAAGCCGCCAUGAGACGGAAUGUGAAAGUAUUUGGUCUCAUCUCCAUCACCUGGAUCGUGGUGGUCAUCUACUACUUCCAGGGUGACUACUAUCACAACGACGGCAACCGAGCUUUGCGCUUGCGCAGCAGCAGCACAGCAAAUCAGCUGAGCAAUCAGUACAGUAACAACGGUGGCCGCCUGCAGCACGGCAUAGCACUGACGCACCGUGACAACGAACAUCUGCGCCAAUCGAAAAAUGGCGAAAGCAGUAGCUUGCGAAUGAGCAGCAGUAGUAGUAUCAGUCUCCUUAGCAGCAGUAGCAAUAGCAAUAGCGUACUUAGUUAUAAAUCACCACCCCUGACAUGGGACUACUUUGACGAGGCGAGCUACAUCCAGAAAGGAGGGCUCCAGCGAGGCGAGGAUCCGUAUCUGCGGAAUCGGUUCAAUCAGCAGGCGAGCGACGGUCUAAAGAGUAACCGCGAGCUGCCCGAUACGCGCAACGCCAUGUGUCGCCGGGCGGCCUGGUCAUCGGCCACUAGCGUCGAGUCGUUGCCAGCGACAAGCAUCAUUAUUACGUUCCACAACGAGGCGCGUAGCACGCUGCUGCGGACCGUGGUUAGCGUGCUAAACCGCUCGCCAGAACGUCUCAUCCAUGAGAUCAUUCUUGUCGACGACUUUUCCGACUUUCCCGAGGACGGUCAGGAGCUGGCGAAGAUUCAGAAGGUGCGUCUGAUUCGGAACCCCAAACGUGAGGGCUUAGUGCGUUCGCGAGUUACCGGUGCGGCCGCGGCCACCGCUAAGGUUCUCACCUUUUUGGACAGUCACUGCGAGUGCAAUGUGCACUGGCUUGAACCGCUGCUGGCCCGGGUAGCCGAAGAUCCGACACGCGUCGUCUGCCCGGUGAUUGACGUGAUUAGCAUGGAUACGUUUCAGUAUAUCGGAGCGUCGGCCGAUUUGCGCGGCGGCUUCGACUGGAAUCUCGUGUUUAAGUGGGAGUAUCUGAGUGGGGCAGAACGGAAGGAGCGACAGCGUGAUCCGACCACUCCAAUCCGCACGCCGAUGAUCGCUGGAGGAUUGUUUGUGAUUGAUCGAGCAUACUUUGAGCGGCUGGGCACCUAUGACACCCAGAUGGACAUCUGGGGUGGCGAGAAUCUAGAGAUUAGCUUCCGCGUAUGGCAGUGUGGUGGAUCACUCGAGAUCAUCCCAUGCAGUCGCGUCGGCCAUGUGUUCCGGAAGCGCCAUCCCUACACGUUUCCGGGCGGAGGAAGCGGCAAUAUAUUCGCUAAAAACACUCGCCGUGCCGCCGAAGUUUGGAUGGACGAGUACAAGCGGUAUUACUAUGCGGCCGUACCACUGGCGACGAACAUUCCCUUCGGUGACAUCGAGGAUCGGUUGCGGUUGCGUAGUGAGCUCCAGUGCAAACCUUUCCGCUGGUACCUGGAGCACGUGUAUCCGCAACUCAGCAUUCCCGAAAAACGCAACAACGGCAGCUUGCGGCAGGGUGCCCUCUGUCUGGACAGUUUGGGCAACAUGGCGGGAGCGAUUGUCGGUCUGUACAGCUGCCACGGUAACGGAGGCAACCAGAACUGGGUGCUCAAUCGAAAGAGCGAAGUAAAACAUCACGAUCUCUGCUUGACGCUGGUCAAAUUUGCCAUCAACGCGCGCUACAACAGUGUGCUAAUGAAGUACUGUGACGGCUCGGAGAACCAGCAGUGGCACCUGAAGGACGGGGGGCUGAUCCAGCAUCGCAAGAUUAACGUUUGUCUCGAUUCGCGCCACAUGAAGGAGCGUGGAAUCACGGCUGAGCGGUGUAAUUCGGCACUCGAAACGCAGCGCUGGAAGGUAGUCGCAGAGUCUUAGGGAGUUCGGCAGCAAACCGGCGGUGGGCGAAUGUGGUGAAUCCCCCAACGUCUCUUCCAUUCGGUGGCGUAGAGUAAACGAAGAUGUAAUCUGUGUUCUUUGUUGUUAUAUGCAUACAUUCUAUUUAAAAAAUUACAACCGAUUCCCGAUUCAAUGGUAUUAGAUAGUACGAAACGUAGCAUUGUGAAACACAAAUCAACCUAAAUGGUACAGAUUGGUCAUGGAGAAGGCAGUUGAUUUUUUUUCAUUAACAUCACAGCCUCAUACCGUAAAUAUACAACUACACCAAUGCAAUUUGAGGAACAUCCCGGUAAAAAUAAAAAGAAAAUCGAGAGCAGCACACGGAAGAUCGAGCAACUCUUGAUGUGCAAGCAAGAAAACCUUGUUUCUUUCAUUGUAUUUCUUCCCGUGUCUCUAGUAAAUUAUAUCAAGAACAAAGAUUGGAAGCGAACCGAACAGGAAUAUCCUAUAGAACCUCUCAAAAUCGUACAAAUUUUUGUACUUAAACAAAGAACGUGAUGCGCCGCCGAUCGACACAUCGCCGUUUGAUCGAUCUUCCUAUGCGAAAGACAAACCCUUAAAGU